GGUCUCGGCAGUGCCAAAAUAUGCAGGAGAGCUAUGGGACGGAUCUGCGCACGCUUUGCGUUGCAGCUUGUAAUUGCGCUGAUGACAUCCUAGGUCUGCUCUGCAUUACGUCUUGGCAGGCGAGCUGGCCGGUGUCGGCGUCGGGAGGGGGCAGGAGGCCGGCGGCCAGCCCCACCGCUGCUGCGUUCUGUGCUCGUCCCGGUCCCCCAUCCCUCUCUGAAGGCCCGGACAGUCUGGGAACGACCGCUCUCCUGGUUAACUUCUUCCGCUGAAGUGGAGGUUUGGCUUUUAGCAAGACGGUGGAGCACGGCUUCCCCAACCAGCCGAGCUCCCUGGCCUACGACCCCAAGCUGCGGAUCAUGGCUAUCGGCACCAAGUCGGGAGCGGUGAAGAUCUACGGCGCGCCGGGCGUGGAGUUCACGGGCUUGCACAAGGAGACGGCCACCGUCACGCAGAUGCACUUCCUACCCGGCCAGGGCUGGCUGCUGUCCCUGCUCGACGACAACACGCUGCACCUCUGGGAGAUCUACCAGAAGGAGGGCUGCUCCCACCUCGAGGAGACGCGCGGCUUCAGCCUGCCGGGACGCCCAGGGUUCGACAGCGCUAACUGCUCCCCCAGCAUCACCCGGGUGACGGUGAUCCUGCUGAAGUCUGCCUGUGACGUGGCCUGCCUGGGCACCGAGGGCGGCGGGGUGUACUUCCUUGCGCUCCCUGGCCUCACGCUGCUGGAGGAGAAAACCCUCUUCCAGGAUGAGAUCCUGCAAAGCGUGCCCGAUGACUACCGCUGCGGGAAGGCCCUGGGGCCAGUGGAGUCCAUCCAGGAGCACCCCCAGGACUCCAGCAAGCUCCUGAUCGGGUACAGCCGGGGGCUGGUGAUCAUCUGGGACCAGACCACGCGCACCGUUGAUCAUCUCUUCCUAGGGAACCAGCAACUGGAAAGCCUGGCCUGGGAGUACAGCGGCAAGACCAUCGUGAGCUCCCACAGCGACGGGGGCUACAUGGUGUGGGCGGUGAACAGCAGCUGCCAGAAAACCCAGCAGCCCGUCAUGUCCACCAUCCCAUACGGUCCGUUCCCUUGCAAAGCCAUCAACAAAAUCCUGUGGCGAACCUGCGAAUCGGGCAAUCCCUUCAUCAUCUUCAACGGUGGCAUGCCACGGGCCAGCUAUGGCGACCGGCACUGCGUCAGCGUCCUGCAGGGCCAGACCCUCGCCACACUGGACUUCACCUCCCGUGUCAUUGACUUCUUCACCGUGCAGGACACGGAGGUGGCUGAGGGAGGCUUUGAGAACCCACGUGCCCUCGUAGUCCUGGUGGAGGAAGAGCUGGUGGUGAUUGACCUCCAGACGCCGGGCUGGCCUACCAUCCCGGCCCCGUACCUGGCACCUCUCCACUCCUCUGCCAUCACCUGCUCCUACCACAUCUCCAACGUGCCCCUCAAGCUCUGGGAGAGGAUUAUCAGUGCAGGGGAGCAGCAGAGCCCCCGGCUGUCCUCUGCGACUUGGCCCAUCAACGGAGGCAAGAACUUGGCCCAGGAGCCCACGCAGAGAGGUCUUCUCCUUACUGGGCACGAGGACGGCACGGUGCGGUUCUGGGACGCCUCGGGGGUGUCCCUGAAGCCGCUCUACAAGCUGGGCACUGCCAACAUCUUCCAGACGGACUGCGAGCACAACGACAGCCUGACCCAGGCCGGCGAGGAGGAGUGGCCGCCCUUCCGGAAGGUGGGCUGCUUUGAUCCCUACAGCGACGACCCCCGCCUGGGCAUCCAGAAGAUCGCGCUGUGCAAGUACACGGCCAAGAUGGUGGUGGCUGGCACCGCUGGGCAGGUGCUGGUCAUGGAGCUCAGCGAUGAGAAGUCGGAGCACGCCGUCAGCGUGGCCACAGUAGACCUGCUGCAGGACCGUGAGGGCUUCACCUGGAAGGGCCAUGACCGGUUGGCACCCAAGAACGGCCCAGUGGCCUUCACCCCUGGUUUCCAACCCAGUGUGCUGGUGCAGUGUGUGCCACCUGCCGCCGUCACCGCUGUGACGCUUCACUCGGAGUGGAACCUCGUGGCCUUCGGCACUAGCCAUGGCUUUGGUCUCUUCGACUACUACAGACGCAACCCGGUGCUGGCCAGGUGUACGCUGCACCCCAACGACUCCCUGGCUAUGGAGGGCCCCCUGUCCCGCGUGAAGUCCCUCAAGAAGUCCCUACGGCAGUCCUUCCGCCGGAUCCGCAAGAGCAGGGUGUCGGGCAAGAAGAGAGUCAAUGCCAACAGCCCAUCCAGCAAGGUCCAGGAAGCCAAUGCCCAGCUGGCUGAGCAGGCAGGGCCGCCGGAGGUGGAGAUGACACCCGUGCAGAGGCGGAUCGAGCCGCGCUCGGCGGACGACUCGCUCUCAGGGGUGGUGCGUUGCCUCUACUUCGCGGAUACCUUCCUUCGAGACGCGGCACAUCACGGCCCCACAAUGUGGGCAGGGACCAACUCCGGCUCGGUGUUCGCCUACGCCCUGGAGGUGCCGUCGCAGGAGAAAUUCUCAGAGCGUGCGGUGGAGGCAGUGCUGGGCAAAGAGAUCCAGCUGAUGCACCGGGCGCCCGUGGUGGCCAUCGCUGUGCUGGAUGGGCGGGGGAACCCACUGCCUGAGCCCUAUGAGGUCUCGCGGGACUUGGCCAAAGCCCCCGACAUGCAGGGCAGCCACUCCAUGCUCAUCUCCUCGGAGGAGCAGUUCAAGGUGUUCACGCUGCCCAAGGUGAGCGCCAAGACCAAGUUCAAACUGACUGCGCAUGAGGGGUGCCGGGUACGGAAGGUGGCUCUGGUGAGCUUUGCCAGUGCCACCUCAGAGGACUACACAGAGAACUGCCUGGCCUGUCUCACCAACCUGGGUGACAUCCACAUCUUCACGGUGCCUGGCCUGCGGCCCCAGGUCCACUAUGCCUGCAUCCGCAAGGAGGACAUCAGUGGCAUUGCUUCCUGCGUCUUCACCAAGCAUGGCCAAGGUUUCUACCUGAUUUCACCAUCUGAAUUUGAACGCUUCUCCCUGAGCACCAGGAACGUGACAGAGCCACUGUGCUCCCUGGAGGUCUCCAGGCUCCAGGACACCUCCUGUCUCAGCAACAACUUGACGGCGACGCCGAAGCUGCCGCAGGCGAACGGCACCCACGUCCCGCACAGCCCCGAGACCAAUCACUCCCCCACCGACAGUGACCGGUCCCCCGAGGAGCACCAAGCAGCCUUCUCCCCCGGCCCCAUCGACUCCCCCAACAGCAGCAUGGAGAACCCGCUGGACACCACCGGGGACAUCACCGUGGAGGAAGUGAAGGAUUUCCUGGCGUCCUCGGAGGAAGCAGAGAGGAACAUGAGGAACGUGAGCGAGGACGAGGCCCGGCCCGCGGGGAUCCUCAUCAAGUGAGGGAUCGCCGGCACCCGAGGCCUCCCCAGCCCAUCUCCGUGCUUGGAUUCCCGGGAUGCGCGGCUCGACUCGACUCUUCCCCAGCGCCCCUUCGUGUAACGUAGACUCGCCUCUUCUCUAACAUCCGCGCUGGCUGCCGGCGCGCCCCCCGGCUCCGGCACGUCCCUUCCCCGCGCCUCCCCCCCCGGCUCUCGGCCGCCGCCGCCGGGCCCCGGUCCGCGGGGGCCCCGUGCCACCGUCCCCCUCGGACGGGCCCCUCGCCGGGAUGGCGGGGUCAUGUCGCACAAACUCUUCCCGGGGAAGAUAUUUUUUUCUUCUUUUUUUUUUUUUUUUUUUUUUUUUUUUUAAUACGGUCGAGUGUAACUUGUCCCCUGCUCCAGCGCCCCGUUCCCAGGGGCUGCUGCUUCCUGGCUCCGCGGGGAGGGCCGGGGGCUCGCUGGCGGUCGUGCCCUGCUCCCGGCGCCUGGUUUUGGCCCCUUGAGGAGGCGCGAAGCGAAGGGAGGCCGGGAGCCCUCGGCACGGCGGCCCGCACCCUUGUCUCUGUUUACAUGCCCAGCUCGCUGCAGUUUACAGCCCCGAUCCCUGCGCGCGGGCGAGGAGGCCCCGGGCUGCUGCGCGAGGACUGACCCCUCUCCCGGCGGAGAGGGGGGGAUCUGGCACAGGCCCCGUCCCGCCGCCGCUCCCCGGGGUGGGCGCGGGGACGGUCCCUGCUCCGUGGCCGGGUAUGGGGAGGGGGGGGUGGUCACAGGUGGCCUUUUCCUUAGGGGCGUCUCCAAGGGCUAUUCUCCAGGCCGGGCUCUCCGGCUGCUGCUCCUGGCCAACACUAAUUCCUUCC